GCGGGCGACGGACGUGACCGGGAAGCGUUUCUUGAGCUGUUGAUCCUCCACGAGGCUCAGCUGCUGGGCUUCCUAUGUGCGAUCGUGCCAGGCUUUCAGGACGCCGAAGACUUAUUUCAGCAGACCGUGCUCACGAUGUGGCAGAAGUUCGGCGACUUCGAGCCCGGCAGCAGUUUCGUCGGUUGGGGCUGCCAAAUCGCUCGGUACAAAGCGAUGAACCAUCUGCGGGCCAAGCGGGUUCCCUCGCUUGACACGGAAACGAUCGAGAUGCUCGCAACCACGCAGCAAGACGAGGACCCCGAGAGCCGGAUUGAGCGGCGCCGGGCGCUAGCGGCCUGCCUGGCCAAGCUGCGUGAGGCGGAUGCAGCCAUUGUCACGGCGGCCUACUCCGACGGGAUCAGCGUCAAGGACAUCGCCGACCGGCUAGGGGGGGCACGCGUUAUGAACAGCCUCGACCCUCGCUGCCAACGGCUCUUCAGCUCCGCGUGCGACAACAACCUUUCGGAAGCCGAUCGGACCGAGCUCCAAGACCUCCUGCGGAACUCUCUCGAGCGGAGAGCGGAAUACCUCGCUUACGCCGGCAUGCACGCCGACCUCUUCGGCGCGGUGAGGUUGGCGAGAGUGCGCGACAACAUCCUUCGAGAGAUCGAACGCCCCGCGGCGACCGUCGCUGUUCGCGGCGGACGUUCUAGGGCCGUAUGGUCGGUCGUCGGCUUGGCGAUCGCGGCGUGUUUACUCCUGGGCUUCGUCUAUCGCGGCGGCCAAGAUCGGGGUGCCGGUAACGCGGUGGCGGCGGUUGACCGCUGGCCGGGAGUCGUCGCCACGGUCAAGCGAGUCGAAUCGGUCGUUUGGUCCGACGGCGCCAAAGCGCUCCUCGUCGAUGAGACGCUGCAGUCUGGCAAUGUUGUGAAGUUCGAGGGCGGGCUGCUCGAGGUCGAGUUCCGUCAAGGCGCGAUCGUCGUGCUGGAAGGGCCGGCCCAUUUCGUGCCGAUCGACCCGAACCAAGGGGCCCUGUACGCCGGCAAGUUGGCGGCGGUUGCUCCCUCGUGGGCGACGGGAUUCCGCGUAGCGACGCCCAAGUUCGAGGUCAUCGACCACGGGACCGAAUUCGCCAUCACCGUUGGCGGCGACGAGUCCGAUCCGUUGGUGAAUGUCGUCGUGACCGAGGGCGAGGUUGAG